AUGGGCCUGAAACGUGCCCUGGUGCAACUUGGCUCAGGCCCCCUCUUCCUCGCCACUCAUAGCCUCUUCAGACAGGGAUGGGAUGGCACUAGGAUCCAUUCUAUAAUCCCUGAACAAAAAUUCAAAGACUUUCAACUUGGUGGUCUCAGCGUGGGCCCUGAGACCCCACAGGAACUUGUGGUGUGCCGGAUCAUUGUUGGGUACCUGCGGGUACAGCAGGAUACACCCCCAGGUCCUCAUGUGGGUCCCAGGGAGGCUUUGGAGAGGCACGGGGGCCAAGAAUGGAGCCAAGAUCCAAGCCCUCAAGACAACCCACAACCACAGGACCCAAAUCAAAGUGCCAGUGUGGAAGGAAACAACAUUCUUCAUGGGCUAUCCUUCCCAAGAAAGCUUUGGAGGAUAGUGGAGGAUGAGUCCUUCAGGUCCUUGCGCUGGAAUGAUGAAGGAGACACCGUGAUCAUCGAGGAAAAUCUUUUCCAGAGGGAGAUUCUUUGCUGAAAGUGUGAGGAGCAAAUCUUUGAAUCGAACAGCUUGAAGAGUUUCAUCCGCUUGCUGAACCUCCAUGGUUUUAGCAAAAUACACCCAGGCAACUCUUCAGUUUGCUCUCCAGGGAACAUGAUAAUGAUCUACAGAAAUUGCAAUUUCCAGAGAGGCAAGCCUUGGCUCCUCGAGAACAUUAAGACACAAGGCAACCAGGUGACUCGCGUUUGUCCAGGGACCAGUGCCACCCCUCCAAAGACAAAGAAGAAGAUGGCCCCCACAAGACACUCCCCAAGAAUACACUACGAGAGCGGCAACAAAGAAGCCGAACAAAAGGCUCAGGAGUCAGCCAAGAAUGAUUGGGGACCCAGUGCCGCCCAGGCAUUUGAGUUCUCCGUUCCUCAGCCCCUGAGCAGUGCCAUGGAGGUCCAGUGCCCAAGUGCAGCCAGUGGUUCAAGUGGGGAGGACACUUCUGGUAAUGUCAUGUUUGUGCCCACGGCUACUGCCGGAACCGACGGCACAGGGGAUCUGCCCCCCACCCCCACAAAUGAACCACUACAAGGUUCGGUGAUGUCUUUGUACAACAUCUGUUAUUCCAUUCUGAUAGCUGGCCUUGCAGUCAUGGCUCCACCCGAGGACCCUGACCAGGCCGAGAAGGAGGAGCAUGAGGGCUCCUCGGAUAACAAGUGUUCACUCUGUGAGCAGUUCAAGGACAAUGCCGGCCCAUAA